GAGACUUUCUUCAAACUUCGGCUCCUCAGUCUCGGGAUCUCAUUGAAGGCGCGCGCCACUGCCAGCCCGCGAGCAAGACGGAGAGACCAUGACUGAGGGAACGGCUACACAGACUCCUGCAGGGGGUCAGCCGCGAGGGAAAUGGGCCAACAAGAUGGAGUUCAUGUUCUCCAUGGCGGGAGAGAUCAUUGGUCUCGGGAAUGUUUGGCGUUUCCCUUAUCUGUGCUACAAAAAUGGAGGAGGUGUCUUCUUCAUCCCUUACUUUGUGUUCCUCUUCUUCUGUGGCAUCCCUUUGUUCUUCCUGGAGACGGCGUUGGGCCAGUACACCAGUGAGGGGGGGGUGACCGCCUGGAGGAAGAUAUGCCCCAUGUUCGAGGGCUUGGGGAUUGCGGCCCAAGUGAUUGUGGCCUAUCUGAACAUCUACUACAUCGUGGUGUUGGCCUGGGCCAUCUUCUACCUGUUUCAUUCCUUCCAAAGCCCGCUGCCCUGGUCCACGUGUGACAACUGGUGGAACACCGAGUUGUGUCACGGUCACUCCAGCUUCUUUGCGAACACCGAUUUGCUUCAGCCUAACUCAAACUGGUCGUUCCUAGACAACUUCACAUCCACAUCACCUGACUACUUUCAAAAUUUCACUAUCAGUGAUGGUGACUCGUCCCACUCCCCGGAGGAGGAGUUCUGGCAUAACCGUGUGUUAAGGACUUCCGAUGACAUGUCCCUGGGGAAGGUUCACUGGGACCUGGCUCUGUGUCUCCUGCUGGCCUGGGUUAUUUGUUACUUCUGCAUCUUUAAAGGAAUCAAAUGGACCGGAAAGGUGGUUUACUUCACUGCUACAUUCCCCUACCUGAUGCUGUUCAUCCUCUUCAUCCGAGGAGUGACGCUCCCAGGAGCCGGGGAUGGCCUGAAAUACUACCUCCUCCCGGACUUGAGCAAGCUUGCUGAUCCAAGUGUCUGGCACGACGCUGGGACUCAGGUGUUCUUCUCCUACGCCGUGUGCCAGGGAGUGCUGACCGCUCUGGGGAGCUACAACAAAUACAACAAUAACUGCUACAGGGAUUGCUUGGCACUGUGUUGCCUGAACAGUGCCACCAGUAUCUUUGCUGGUUUCGUCGUGUUCUCAGUGCUGGGAUUCAUGGCCCAUGACAUGGGGGUACCGAUGGAGGAAGUGGUUUCUGCCGGUCCGGGUCUGGUCUUUUUGGCAUAUCCAAGGGCUCUGUCAUUACUGCCGGGCUCAUCCUUCUGGGCCGUGCUCUUCUUCCUCAUGGUCCUCUUCCUGGGCCUGGACAGUCAGUUUGUGUGUGUGGAGAGCAUGGCAACGGCCCUCACGGACCUGUUCCCACACCAGCUGAGGAGGCGGGGCGGCCGAGAGCUGCUGACCCUGGUCAUAGCCGUCGUCUGUUUUCUAUUGGGGCUGCCGCUCAUCAGUGAGGGAGGGAUAUACCUCUUCACACUCAUUGACAACUACGGCGUCAGUGGAACCAGUCUCCUCUUCAUCGCCUCUUUUGAGACGCUCGUCAUUGGCUGGGUGUACGGUGCGGACCGUUUCUAUGACAACAUUGAGGACAUGAUCGGGUACCGACCGGUUCCCGUGCUGAAGUACUGCUGGAUGUUCAUCACGCCGCUCAUUUGUUGGGCUACGAUACUGUAUGAAGUGGGGAACGCCAGCGAGUUCACAGUGUACGGUUAUGCAAUCGGCACCCAGGGCAGCCUCCUGAGCUCCCUCCUCAUCAUCACUCCUCUGAUGUGUAUCCCAGUGUUUAUAUUUGUCGCACUGUGCAAGAAUCCCAAUAACAUGACGACACCAUCGCGUGACCUGCGCCAGGCCCGGCCUCACAAGCCCAUCCUCACGCUGUGUAAACGCGUCAUCUUCAAGGCUCAGGCGCAGCCGGACAGCCGAGAGGAGGAAGCCAAGGAGGAGAUGGCGGCGGGGGAACCCGGCGAGGUCUGAUGGCUCGGACGUCACCGUUAAAUGGUUCAAUUCUGUGACGACAAUUUUACGAUCAUGUGCUCCCUUUUUAAAGUGUUUACACAUUUCAUUCAGUAUUAAGUAUUCAGGGACUUUUUAAUGGUGUUUUAUAUGAGUAUUUACCUUCUUUUUUUUAAUGCCAUUUUUCUAAACUAUAAUCCGUUUUUGUAAAUUGCUUAAAAUAAUACUUCAACGACAAAGCCUUCCACUCUUAGAAUACUCCAGUUAAAAAUCUAAAUCCGACGCAGCAGAAUUAGAGAUAUCAUCUUUUUUUAUGCCAUUCAUUCUUCAUGCUCAUUAAAACUAUGUUUCGCCCACUAUUGCAAAUUGUAGUUUCUCAUCACAUGUAUAAUGCAGUCAAAACUCUGAUUUUGCUGAAUUGGUUUUACUGCCAUGGAGCUGUCAUAUCCAUUCACUGUUUGUUUACUGCUAACUUUACUUUUGUUUUCAUGAAUAUAUAUAUAAUAUCAAUUCAUGAUAUAUGUUACAAUAGUGCUGGACCUCAUUAAACAUAUCUCUAUGCUUAA